AUGUCCCAGAAUAACCUUCUGCAGGGGUACAACUGGGAGACCCAGUACGAAGAUUCGCAGGAGCAAUUCCCUCGUCCCAUUCCGGACGAGGUUAUCAGUGUUUACGAAGUUUACGUGAAGGAGGAGACGGCAGGAGGUUCCGAUGGGCGGAAUGACGUCACUGUUAUACCCGGCUUGUCUUCAGCUAAUGAACAUCAGUUGAUUCAGAAUGAUUGCAUGAACUUGGACGUUGCCAUAGAUUCCGAGGUGAUCAACAUUGACGAUAGCGUAACGAAAUUUCUUGGCAAAGAUGCAUUUAAGUACAAGAAUUCAUUUCAAAUAUUGGAUCAAAAUAUCGUUGCCCCGGAAGACAACGUAAUGGUGUACUCGCAUCCGAUUGUCGAGACGCCAUCUUCGUCCUCCACUCACCUGAUCGACAAGGACGAUCCAAGAUCGAAACUUCAUUUCGUCAAGUACCUGAAACGCGAUGGAAAGACGCUGAAAAUUUGGGAAUGCGGAAUCUGUUCGAAGGAGUUCCGGCAUCAGUAUACCUUGAUGAGACAUUUGCCGACCCACACCGACGAGAGGAACUUUAAAUGCGAGGCUUGCGGCAAAGCUUUCCGGCAGCUAUCGACACUGAGCCAGCACAAGGCGAUACACAGCGACGCCCGGCCGUACGUUUGCGAAUUUUGCAAGAAAACUUUCAACAGAGUUUCCACGUUGAUCUCGCAUCGGAAAACACACUCGGAGCACAAGCCGCACAAGUGUCAGGUCUGCGGGAAAGGAUUUCAUCAAAAAGGCAAUUUGAGGAACCACGUGUUUACCCAUACGAACGAGCGGCCGUACAAAUGCGAGCUUUGCGGCAAAGGCUUCAAUCAAAUGUCGAAUUUGGUCUGCCACAAGGUCAAAGCGCAUGCACACGCCGAGAAAAUGCAGUACGUGUGCGGAAUCUGCGGCAAAGAGUUUCCGCGUCGAUUCUCUUUGAGAUCGCACGAGGAGUACAAGCACGGCAUAAACUAUCGACAUCCGACCGCCUCCCAGCCCGAAAUCAACGAUCCGAACAUCAUAAGGAACAAAAACGUCCGGAUCGUGCAACUGCCGAACAAUGACCGCAAUCAGACCAUGGAAGUUAGAGACAAGGACCCCCUGCUCGCGAUUUGUAGCCCCCCUAAGUCCGAUGUCAUGGAGUCGGUGGUGAUCGACAAGAUCGACACCAAAGCGAUGGAGAUGGCUCUGCUGGAGAACCAAACGCCUUUCGCUCUCUUCAAGCCUGCCAAGGGAAUUCCUAUCCUCGUGAAAGUCUCGCCAACUGGAACUCACAAGAAUAUUUUGACUGCGGCGACAGCGGAAGAUCUUCGAAUAGCCGGAAAGAUGAGCCUGAGCCCGACGAUCGCGCCGGACGCUGACAGGAUCAAAGCUGUGCAGAUAAAGGUGCCUGUGGUGGCGACUGUCAUUCAGAGCAUUGAUCCCGACGGAAAAAUCAAUUUCAUCGUCGAGCCGCCUGGUCCGGAAAGCGAACACGAGAGCCUAGUCACGGCAUUGGAUUCCCAGUUCACGUACGGUGAGGCCCCGAGAAACGAGCCAAAUCGCCAGAAUGGAACCGUUGUAUCCCCGACGAUGGAGGAUUGCAACGAGUUGCUGGAACUGGCUGCCCAGGGCGGGAUACAAUUCGUGCGGGCCACCGAGGACGGCCGUUACGAGGUGAUGACGAACAGCGAGGCGCGCGAUUUGAUGGCGCAGAACGCUCACGACGUGACGAUCCUCGACGGCGACGAAGCGGACGCGAUCAAUGUGGUGAACACACGUGGCAACGGGGAGGUGAUCAUCGGGGAUUCGGAUAAUCAGAUCAUGGUACUUAACUCGGCCUCGGCGCAGAAACCCAUGCCGAUGGAUGGCAUCGAGAUUCUCGAGGACAAAGACAUCAGGAUCCUCGACAUGAAGAGCCUGGACGAUCGUUUCGUCGACGGUAUCAGUUUCCUCUCGCAGCCGAAAAUCGACGAUUUAAUCCUCGGCCCGAAAUCGUUGUCCAUCGACGCCGGCCUCGCCGUCAACGAGCACGACGACGAAGGUAUAGGAGUACCCUCGAGUCAACAAGAGUUAACAAACAUUCUCAGUCACCGAAGCGACAUUUCCACUUUGUCAACCACCUCGCAACCUUCGAUAUCCUCCCUGUUAUUGAAAAAUCAUCCCCCCUUGUCGAUCCUAAGUGAAACGCUUCCGUAUUUGAAGAGCAACAAUAGUUUAACUGAGGAUCUGAACAUUCUCGGUAGUUCUACGAUGGAGGAACAUCACUCGGUCUAUGAAAGCAAGAUGAAACUGUCAUCCGUUUUCGACGACAGUGAACCCGACGGGGGUUUGAUGCCCAUUGGCCAAUCGGACAUCAAGAUUCUGGGAACGACGCAUCAGAGUAACAAGGUCCUCGGCAUCAAGACGAACAACAGCAUGCCGCCGUCGAAGCUGUUCUCCGGCCUCGGCGAGGUGAAGAUCCUGGGCCCGAAAAAUCAUAGUCAGGAGAUCAUGGCGUCGCAGUACUCGAACGUGAAGCUGCUCACGCCGUACGAACAGUUCCUGAAGAACACCGCCGCGAACACGAACGGAUGCGAGACGAACGUCGUGAACACGUCCGGCGGCUGUCGGAAAGAGGUGAAAAUUCUUGGGAAAAAGUUGGCCACCGGCAUCAUCACCAGCACCGAGGACGGCAACAACGUGGUCGAGAUGGUCGAGGAGAAGACCAAGCUGAUGAUGGACAGCGAAGGAGGGCUAUGCAACAGCGCGGAGAGCACCGUGAUCUCGUCGCCCCGGUUGGAAAGGCAAAUAACAGAAAAUACCGAGUCCGACAGCUUCUUGAUCCAAGCCUGCAGUCCGUGCGGCUCAGACUUUCUGAAUUUCGAGAACCGUCUGAAAGACGUCUCUCCCGGCAGCCAUUUCGAGCGAGCCCAAAAGGAUUCCAGAGACAGCUUCGGCUCCAACGGCGGCCUACCCGAUCUCGAUUGAUGAAGAAUCCAAUUCUUCCGCGCACGCCCCCGCGUGGCGCCGCCAUCCACCGUUCCCGACAUCCCCCUUUUUAGUCUUACCUCGCCGCCGCCGAAAGAGUUCCGAACGACGUCGAAAACUUCGCCUGGCGACCGUGGAAAUCUCUUCCCGUGGCUGCGAAGGAUUCAAUUAGAGCACUUCGGCCCGUGCGAAUCGCACGUGCGAGAACGGGAUCGCCCCGUCCCGGUGUUCCGAAUUCUGCGAUCUUCUCGCCCCGCGACCGGGCUCCCGUGCAAUUAGCUGAAUUUUGUUUUUAGGACAGGCACACCGUCGGUCGCGAAACUUUCUGCACGCCUCCUAAAUUUCAUUCGCGAUCUCUCAAAUGAAAUUAUUUUUUUUCUAAUCAAAUUCUCUUCAGCUCGAUGUUAACGAUCUCGUAGAAUCAACGCACAGUGG